CGCUGAGGCCUAUGACUGAUAUGACUUUCUCAUAAUAUCAGGAAAUCCUUCUUCUUCUUCGGGUGAUAUCUGGAGGUUGGAUUAUGAUUCAAGUUCACUGCAACCCCCGAAUCAAAUAAACAUUCAGGGUCUCGAGCCUUACACCUCUACAAUGCAAUCAUGCGAAUCAACAUCCUCUUGGUCAAAUAAGCGACGCCAGACAAGUAUGCAAAGUGACCGGCGCGUUAGAUAUAAGGAGCAGAGCUCAACCUGUUUGCAUUGCCUGGAUCGCAAUAUGCUUAGCCAGUAUCCACCUCGGCCCCGAUUGACCCGGCUAGACAACAAGCAUGGGUCUUUCAUCGCCUCAACUAGCACUUCGCCAUCAUCUCCAACCACCACGACAGAGUCCUCGCCCUCGCAGUCAAAUUCCCAAACCCGACAAGAGCACCCACCAGCAUGCCUCUCAACCCACAUCGAAGAAACCCUUCACCUAAAAGACCUCGAAUUGAUGAUGCACUGGUGCACAACAACCUACAAAUCCAUGGCAGGGGACCCCAAAUCCGAACGAAUAUGGCAAACAACCAUCCCCCAGCUCUCCCUCCGCUACCCAGCCCUUCGCCAAGGUAUCCUAGCCCUCUCAGCGCUGCACCUCGCCUCAACAAGCACAUCUUCCCGACGCUGGCGAUAUCUUGAAACAGCACGCUUGUACCAAGCACAAGCGCUAGCAGGCCUCCGCAUCGAGAGCGACGAAGACGCCCCGGAAGCAGAAAGCCAAGCGACCUUCGCGCUGUGCUGCAUAAUGAUCGUAUUCACCUUCGGCUUCUCCCAAAUCGACAGCGAAAACGAAUCAGACGAAGAGCAGCCCGACGUGCUGGACGAGUUCUUCGAGGUAUUCCAUCUAACCCGGUGGCUAGUCAGCAUCCUGGUCAGCUCGAUGGAACGCAUCACAGCGAGCGAGCUGGACCCGCUCUUCCGCCCCGAAGACCCGCUCCCAACAAUGCCGAACAUGUCGCGGCUGGUGGUUCUCUCGCUACAGCGCCAGAAUGAUAUAGAGGCUAUGCGGGAUGCGACGCACCAGACGGAUCUGUAUGACUCGGCCAUUGAACAUCUCAGCCACGCGCUCGAGCAGCUGAUGAAGGGCGGCGAGCCGAAGGUGUUUGCGUUUUGGUGGAGUUUCCGUAUCCCCGCGGAGUUUUUCGACCUGCUUGAGGCACGUCGACCUUUUGCGCUUGUUGCUCUGGCGCAUUAUUCGGUUAUUCUGCAUCAUCUUAGGGGUUCGUGGUGGAUGGGCGAUUGGGGGAAUAGGAUUCUGCAGGAGAUUGGGGAUAUUCUUGACCCGGAGUGGCAAGAGCUUAUUAACUGGCCGAUUGAUGCCACAGGGUGCUUCCUUCCAAGGACUGAGGCGCGAGUGCGAGUGAUAGCCCCGCUUGGCUAUUGAUGACGAGUGUGCUUUUUCUUUUUGUUUGAUGCCCUUUCCAAGUGGCUUGAUUGAGCGCCAGCAUUGCAUCUAAUGAGACAUGAAGCGUGUAAUUAGCAUAGACAUUUGAUUGUACAUAGCAUAGUUUCUUCAAUUGAGACAAGGAUCGCUUGUCAUGGGAGUAUAUCAUUUCUCGGUGUUUAGGGAACAAUCCCGGGAAACGCAGAUGAUCAUUGCAGUACACAUCAAGCGUAUGUCAAUAGAGGGAAAACACAACCCCGCCCAAAUAUAUCCUAAGCGCCGCUCCUUUCCCAGUAUUCCAUGAUAAGUAUGAAACAAGCCCCGAGUAGGUAAAUCCGGGAAUGUCGAUUGGAGAAACCACGCAAAGAAAAGAAAGAAAAAAACAAAUACCACAAACCCAUAAGUUUGACCGACAGCUCGAUAGAAAAAGGAAGACCCUGGCAUCGAAGCAGCACUGCCCGCAGUGAUUUCUGAUUCGUUUCUGCUCGGACAAUCCCCUCUCCUCGGAUCGGCACUGCAGCCAAAGAAAAGCAAAUCUCCACAGCCAAAACAUCAGCUUUCAUCGAGCCUUCUCAACGAGAACGAAUC